AUGUCAGUUCUUAUCCGACCGGCGGUGUCUCACCGGAGGAUGCCGUGUCUGGGUCAGAGCGAGCCCGGGACGCGGUUGGGGGAGGCGGUGGGUGGCACCGCCGCCGUGUGCUGCUGCUUCUCGUUCGGGCUGGCGAACAUGGUGUAUGUCGCGGUGUACAAGGUGCCGGCGAGACUUUACCAGAAGAUGCUGCAGCGGAAGCGGCAGCGGCAGCUGAAGAGCUUCAAGGAGAGGCUGGAGGCGGCGGCCGCAGCCGCGCACGUGCGGAGGUGCACGUGCGGGGCCUGCGACGACAUCAUGGGCGCGGGGUGCGUGUACCCGCUCUGCAUCGACGACGUCGUAGACGUGGCGGCGCUGCGGCGGCGGAGCGAGGCGGAGAAUGACGCAGAGUUGUUGGAGCUGGAGAAUAUGAUGUGGGAGAGGUUUCGUGGGACAGGGUUUUGGAGAAGCCCUUCACAGAUAGAACGAAACGUUAUUGCUGCAUCUUCUUCUUCUUCUUCAUCUGCUUCUUCUGCUUCCAAUGUUCAGGUUCCUUUGUGA